AUGGCACCAUCAGCCAGGUUAGCUAUGUACAAAGUGGGGUUCUAUAGCAAGGAUAUCCGUGUCAUUGAUGCUGUAGCAACUGAUGUACUUGCUGGAAUGGAUCAAGCAAUUGAAGACGGUGUUGAUAUCAUGUCAUUGUCCUUGGGAUUUAAAGAGACACCAUUCUUUAAGAAUCCAAUAGCCAUAGGAGCAUUUGCAGCCUUGAAGAAAGGGAUAUUUGUUACAUGUUCUGCAGGAAAUUCAGGCCCUCAUGGAUACACCAUGCUCAAUGGAGCUCCUUGGCUCACAACAGUUGGUGCUGGAACUGUUGACCGUGAAUUGGGAGCCCGUGUUACACUUGGAGAUGGGGAUAUUACUGUCACUGGAAUAUCUAUGUAUCCAGAGAAUUUGUUUAUCUCUAGGAUUCCUCUAUAUUUUGGACAUGGAAAUAGAAGAAAGGAACUCUGUGAUUGGAACUCUUUAGAUUCCAAAGAUGUUGCAGGCAAGUUUGUCUUCUGCGACUAUGAUAAUGAAUCAUCAGUGUUUCGAUCUGAAGACAUAUAUGGUACAGAUAUUGCUGGAGCUAUCUUCAGUUCGGACGAUGGGGAAUUCCAAGAACCUGCUGAAUUUUAUCUGCCAUUUGUUACAGCGAACGCAAAAGAUGGAGAUUUAAUAAAGACUUACAUACUCAAUACAACAAACGCAACAGUUAGUGUUAGGUUUGGUAUAACCACACUAGGCACGAAGCCAGCUCCAAAAGUAGCAUAUUUUUCCUCGCGAGGACCCGAUAGGAGAUCCCCAUGGAUUCUGAAACCUGAUAUCUUAGCUCCUGGGUAUCUUAUUUUGGCAGCAUGGGUUCCUAACAGGGGCUUCGCACCGAUUCGUGACCAUGAUUAUUUGCUGACAGAUUAUGCUCUUGUCUCUGGCACAUCAAUGUCAUGCCCCCACACAGCUGGUGUAGCUGCACUGCUCAAAGCUACCCACCGUGACUGGAGCUCAGCUGCCAUCCGAUCAGCUAUGAUGACUACAGCAGAUGUUACAGACAAUGCAAAUGGUAGAAUCAUUGAUAUGACCACCGCAGUUGCUGGUACCCCUCUUGAUUUUGGAGCAGGGCACUUGAAUCCUAACAAGGCCAUGGACCCUGGACUAGUGUAUGAUAUUGAGGUUGAGGAUUACAUUAACUAUCUCUGUGCAUUGAACUACACAAGCCAGCAGAUCCAAAUCAUCACAGGAACAUCGAAUUUUAGUUGCAAAUAUGCAAGUUUGGAUCUUAAUUAUCCUUCUUUCAUUGUCAUCUUGAACAAGACUAAUUCAACUACCUCUACCUUCAGGAGGGUGUUGCUGAAUGUGGCAGAUACAGCCUCCAUUUAUAACGCGGUGGUGGAAGCUCCCCCGGGCAUGAAAGUUGUCGCGCAACCAUCAACAGUCAACUUUCCGGGAAAAUAUACCAAAGCAGAGUUUAACCUGACUGUGGAAAUCAAUUUGGAAGUUGACAGUGUUGCUCCACAGAGUGAUUGUUUUGGGAAUUAUGGAUUCUUGAGCUGGAACGAGGUUAAUGGAACGCAUGUGAUUAGAAGUCCCAUUGUCUCUGCUAUUGCAUCAGCCAAGAACCCCUAA